AUGACGCAGCAGCAGCAGCUAGAGAAACAUCUUGAGAAGAUGGGUCUUAGAUACUGUACUGAGUGGCUCUAUGGCUCCUUGGCCAAGGACGCGCACGACCAUGCUCUGGCCUUGCUCAUCGAUGUCCUCCAGCAGAUAACUGCUGCCGACCAGUUUGUCUGUGGGUCGUGGCUGGCGAAGGGUGAGUACCCUUAUGGAUCCAAGGUCAGCUCAUUCUUGGUUGAAGCUGGUCAAGGGACCAAAUAUGGCGUUGGAGAGAGAACCAUCGGCUCCAGCAUCACGAAGAGGCUAGCUGCCCAGGGCUGCAUCAUCUCCUACACCUCGAGGAGCAAGAAACCCACCAUCCCCUUCGCCCACAUCAAGAACGUCCUCGACCUCGCCUCAAACAGUGACGACCUCAUCAUCUGCUGCCCACUGACCCAAUUAGAAACCCACCACAUCAUCAGUGAGGAAGUCAUGAGGGCCCUCGGAAUGGAAGGAGUAAUCGUGAACGUGGACCGUGAGGCCCUCAUAGAUGAGGAGCCGAUGGUGGAAUUAUUGGUUCGGGGUAAGUAUUAA